AAAGCAUUGUUGAUAUCGACUUCUCGCCGUUCUGCGCCGAGCUUAGCACUCUGCGACUGCAAACCAAUUUGGCGGCCUGCACUAUCCCUCUUGCAAAGCCCGUCGAUUAUGGGAUGCGCAUUGCAAUGAUCGAGCAGACAUCAUGACGCUGGCCGAAUUGAGGGCGUUGCAGCGUGAGCUGGGCUACCGAUUUCGCAAUGUCACCUAUUUAGUAGAUGCUCUGGGACAAUUGCGUCUUCAGCCAGCUCGUGUCCGCUCGCCUUCGACACGCAGCCGGACACUUUCAGACGUUGGAUACGGCGUGGUGAGAACGCUGCGUCAGGUUGAACAUUACCGUUACGCCACGAGUAAGGAAUAUGAUCAUUCGCUACCACUACGUAAGAGUGCACCGGCGGGCGUCCUUCCGCUGAAAUUUUCCGAGCUGCAGCUCAAACCGAACCUCGCCAAUGCUAUUGUGACCGCGACCUUGCCCAACAAGGGACUGGCGAACUCGCAAUUGAAGCCCGAUCCUCUGAAGCUCAAGUCGAGUGCUGUUGCCAUCGUUGGAGCGGCUUUCAUCGAUAGCAAUUGUGAUUUGCAAGCGGUGCGCCCCGUUCUCCACGCGCUCGGUCUGUACCAGCCGGAAGUACGGAAAGAAGACCCCGACGAUGACAUUGAUGACUGGAUACCUAUCCAAGGGUUUACCAUCAUUGGCGCACCAACAUUGAACCAGCCUAUGAAGGCCAGGGAGAGUCAGGUGCGCUCGCAAAAUCAUGGCCAUGAAAAAGGUCGUCAUUCGAUGCCCACCGGCGAGACCACCAUCCAAUCUACUACGCCCAGCCAGACCAACUCUCCAUCUGGGAUCAAAAAUGACAGUAAAAAUGUCGAAAGCUCGAUGUCUGUCAGCCCCAUCAUUGGCGCACCAGCAUUGAGCCAGACCACCAAGGCUAGUGAGAGUCCGGUGCCCUCGCAAGAUCAUGGCCAUAAAGCAGAAAGUCGCCAUUCAAUGCCCACCGACGAGAUCAUCGACCAAUCUACUACAACUAGCCAGAGUGAUUCGCUACCUGAAAUCCAAGACGAUAGUGGUAAGAUCGAAAGCUCCAUGUCUAUUCACGAUCCCACCGUCAUUGCCUCCGAAUUGACCCAGUCUAUGGGGGCUGUCGAGAAUCAGGUGCCUGAGGAAUCUCCCGAUGACCUGGUACCCACCGACGAGAUUACAGGACAUACCAUGGAGGCCAGUCAGACUCAGACGCCCUCGGAAAGCCAGGGUCGUGACAGAGAGAGCUCUGGCUCAAUCUCUGUCUGUGAGGCUUCCACUUUUGCUGCAGCCGGAUUUGACCAGUCUACUACGACCAGCCAGAGAGACACACUAUCUGAGGGCCAUGGUCACGACAGGGAGAGUAAUGACACAACACUUAUUGGCGAGGCUUCCGCUGUUGGAGCACGCAAAUUGGAGCAAUCCACGGAGGCUAGCGCGAGUCACCCGCCUCCUGAAAGCCCAGAGCUCGGUGAAGCGGAUUAUGUCCCGCCUUCCAGUGAUAGCAUCAUACACCAAUCUACUGCAGCUACCCCGGUCACCCCGCUCCCUAUCAGUCAUGACCACCCACCUCCUGCAAACCCAUACUAUGACUGGGACGAAGAACUCUGGCCACGCGCUAACGCGGAGGCCGCCCUCCGCGCAAUGGGCAUUACUAAGUACCUUACGGGUACUCAGCCCCCUCCUCCUCAUGCAGCGAAACUACGCAAAGAGAGACAUGCCGCGUUGAUGGGCAUCAUUGACACCCACACCGUGAUCCAAGAAGUGGAUUGGCACGCGGUUUUCGCGAAAGAGCCCGAGCUCUCUGCCCUCUGCGCAGAGACACACGACGCACCGGAGUGCUCGUCUUCUGAUUUCGUGCCGACGUUCUAUAGAUGGGAACCUAUUGACACGCUCCUAACCAAAAGGUUCGCUUUACUACAGCAACAAAGAAUCCACGCCUUCAUCCUAGAAUCCCAACUGAUAGCGGAAUCCAAACGAGGAACCCGUUACAAAGGCGACCUCAGCCUCGGCCCAGAAACCACCGGCCUCAUGAUCGACCUUGGCAAAUAUCUAAAGGUCGCGAACCCACAACUCCACCCACGCCUCCGAAAUUAUGUGAAACGACGUUAUGCACCAUUGCCAUUUGUGGCGCCAGAGAUAACCCACGAAUUGCUCAACUCGAAUCCCGUGUGGCACCACGCCAAAAUUGUCGUCAGGAGACAGAAUUUCGCCCGGUUGAAGCAGAUCGCUCGUUUCUUGGUACACUCCGAGGCCCCGAUCCCGAAGCCCGCCAACAAAUACUUCACCAGAACUCCGGGCCCUGCAUCGUGGGUUUCCGAAGAUGAGUUGGCGUCGAUGAACGAGGACGCGAGAGAUUUGGUGGGAUUACGGAGCACGCUCACUCCUCCUCUCAGGAAGUAUAUGCCUGGGGGCCCGAAUAAUCUAGAGACCAAACACUGGAUAGAUAGGAUAUUAGACCAUUAUGAGGUGAAAAGGGUUGAGGCGGAGGUAGUCGAAGACCCUGCUGAGGAGACUCCGGAGGAGUUGACUGGAGAGAUCCUGGAGGAGACGGCUGGAGAGAUCCCGGAGCGGAUGACUGAAUUGGCUGCAGAGGAAUUAGCUGGACAGGCCCCAGAAAACCUGACUGAACAGACUCAGGAGGAGCUAGCUGGAGAGACCGCAGAAGAGACCGCAGAGGAGACUGCAGAGGAGACCGCACAAGAGACCGCAGAGGAGACUGCAGAGGAGACCGCAGAGGAGACCGCAGAACAGACCGCAGAACAGACCGCAGAAGAGACCACAGAACAGACCACAGAACAGACCACAGAACAGACCGCAGAACAGACCGCAGAACAGACCGCAGAAGAGACAGCUGAACAGUUUUCAGAGACGGCUGGAGAGACUCGGGAGAAAGCAGCUCAAGAAAUCCCGGAGAUGACGACUGAACAAGGCCCGAAAAAGAUGGCUGAACAAGCCCCACCGAAGACGACUGAACAGGCUUCGGGGAAGCUGGCUGCAGAGUCCCCGGACGGGACAGUCGAACGGAAUGCGGAGCUCACCGCAAUAUUCGAAAAACUAAUGGAAUCGCUCGCUACGCAACCGCAGCCUUCAGAGACACAGCCUCGAAAGCCGCAGCCUUUCAGACAUGAAUCGGAAAAUCCUCCAGCUGAGCUCAAGCCAGAAGGAGUCAUCAAACCGCCGGCAAUGGAGACAUCUAAGGCUCCCGCCCAGCAGCCGAAGCAAGUAACCUCUCAACACACAUUUUUUAGGCCGGGUGGCCUGUUCAGACCCGCAAUGAUCCCCGAAUUGAAGCCGACUGAGGCGAUCAAGCAGCAGCCCCACCGAGUCGUCUCACUACACUCAUUCUUCAAGCCGGCUAAUCCGUCCAAGCCAGGACAGAACCCCAAUCUGCCGAAGGAAGUGAAGCCAGCUCCCAAGCCCGUGCCACCGCCACCUUCGCCACCCUUACGGCCCCAGCACACUUUCGGCUCCAGCAAGAACGUGUUUAGAAAGGCCAGGAAACCGGACUAGACGCAAACUUGAAUUGGUAGGAGCAGGUUUAGGCGGCUCUUUAAAGCAGGGAACAUGAAUCGAUGUCAGACCUGGUGUAUAGUAGGGACUCAACGGCUAUGAUCGCACGGGGCUCGAUUGGAGUGGGCGGAAUUUGCUCUACUCUUCACAAUUCACUGCCGGUCUGGCUGGAUUGCGGCUUUCGAGAGGCGGCCUUGUAAUUGGAUGCAGUCCAACCCCGUGGUCUUGCUGCCAUGGAACAUCGACAACAUAGUUCGCCAGUCUCCUCGUACUGUAUAUAAAAUGAGUUGGGAUCAGUGCAGAAUAUGAUCAUAGUAGCGCAUGGCAGAUGG